UCACGAUGGACGGCGAACGUGCCGUGGACUUGAUGUUCGUGCGAGAUGAUGAUUUUUCGUGCUGACAGUGUUUCCUAUUCGAGUAUUUGCGUGCAUCGAAACGCAGGAUUGUGAUUAUCGUGCGUUACGCGGUGUACACGGAUAGUCACGACCCUGUAAGAGCAACGUUUUCGGUGGUGCUACUGCGAGGGCUGUGUGCUGUGCUGUGUACGACCUACUCUUCUCGUGUGUACUUUCGUUUGCCGCUGUCAACGAGAGUGCCUGGAUAUCUGGACCACAGGUUAAAUCAGACGUAGGAAUGUCAGGAAAAGGAGACGCCAGCUGAGAAUCAAUUCGGACGCUGGAGGAAGAAUAUGUGUAUUGGCGUAUUCGCUUCAACGAAAUACUUGUGCCGUGGUACGCCCCUUUUACAGGUGCCAAUAACAUUUUUGCAACACCCAUCGAGAGAAUCGUUCAUCGGAGACACCUCUCGAAUAAGCUGAGACCAUAUCCCGAGCCUCGCUGAAUAUAUACCGAUUUUCUAAAGUUGAAUUCAACGCCGGUUAUCCGGUUUUUCGACUGUUUCGUGCAAAAUCGAUAAGAGAAGCUCGCACAUUGCUCGACGAGCGUGGAACGCGCGAGAAGAAUCGCCGACAAAAAUAGCGGAGUCCUCGAUGAACGCAACGUCGCGGAAUAUCAUUACUCGAGUUGUUAUAACAUCUGUUUUUCGUCCUUUGCAACACCUUAUCGUGGGCCGGCAAUCAUUCCGACCGCGACUUGCUUAACUGCGCUGCUGACCGCUUCACAACAUAGCGUGCACUCCGGCACGAGCCAUAAAGUAGCCUGUGAUCAUUUAAAUUUACUCAUCCCGAAUUUUUUUAACCAGCGCACGCGAGUGAUAUCGUGAUUGAAUGAAGUGAAAAUUGAAGACGAGACGUGAGUAAUUCGCUCGCGGCCGAUACGCGGUACUUCUCUCAACACGUACACUCUAACCUUACUCUGGAACGGAAAUUCAAAGGUGUUCGUGUCACCUAACCUUCACGUUGUCUAAACACAGCAAUCGGAUUCUACGAAACAGGCCCAAUGGUCGAUUGUAUAUAAACGGGUACACCGAUCCUCUGACUCUGAUCUGAUCUCCCGGAUAAAACUCGGUGGUCUCGACUUGGCCACCUAACCUUCGCGUUCCUCGUAUGGAGCGUUCGAACUGUUCAACUGUUCGCCAGUGCAUUCGAUGAUCCUGUGACGAAGGUGUCCCUGCAUACUUACGUACGCACGCACGUGUAGAGCGACGCGAGAGAUUUUCGUUUCGAACGUAUCGUCUCGCCGGCUAUGACAAGAACAAGGACUCGUUCAAAAGACGGAUCGUCGUUGCAUUUGUCGCUGAUGUGUUUUCGUUGAAUGUGGAAUACGAUCUCGCGCCUUUUCGGCAAGGGCAAAACCGAGGAAUCUGCCCUGACGGCUAAGGAUCGGACGUGCGACGACAUAUCCGAUACGGUCGUCCAUGGUUUCGACGAGAUGGAUCGUAACGCGAGUGACGAUCGACGUAAAGGACCUGCCGGUGAGCAGCAUCACGGCGGAGCUGAAGCCGAACACAUCGCUGACACCUACGAUUCCCGUCAGGCCAAACAACGUGCCUCCAUAAAAUGGCUUUUGUCAAAGGCGUACAAUAACAGAGUGCCAGAAAACCUUCGCGAGCCAUAUUAUGUCGAUCAUGAGGAUCAAGAACACUUGAAACCGCAAAUCGUCCAUGCGCUGUCAAAUGCGGAACUGUAUUGUUCGGCGUUGGCGAACAUUUACUCGGAUCCAAAUUAUCACAAUCAGAAUCAUUCCGGUAUACUCCAAGCCCUGGCCAGAAAGGGGGUGUACCUCGCGGAGCCAAAUAAUACUCAACUCACCGAAACGAUCCUCAUACAAAAUUCGCCACUGAAGAUGUCUGCGCAUAUGGCUGUGAUAGAGCGCUUGAUGGUCCUGUACGCGAAGGAGGUGGUGACCGGGGACCGGGUGGUCUCCGCGAUCCGACGGUUCGACCCCCAGGCAGACGUGGACGUGCCGACGGACCAUGAAAAAGGUCUCCUCCUCUGGAUCAGCCAUGCGUCUCGCGCGUUGAUCGCCAAGAUACAAACGGAGGAGGGCGGCAGCGAGAAGCCGCGACUGCCAGAACUGCCAGCUGCUAAGGACUUCCAAUCGUUGUGCGACGGUGUCGGGCUGGCCGCCGUCGUUGCGUUCUACUGCCCCGGCGAGCUCAACUGGAUGGACAUUAGGGUGCCGAAGAGGCCGUCGGUGGCAGAUGCGUUGCACAAUCUAUCGCUGGUCCACGCGUUUUGUAACAGAUGUCUACCUUAUUCCAUUUUUCACAUGCAACCCGAGGACGUGACGUACAUGAGGGGGUCCAUGAAGCAAAACUUAGUUGUGUUUCUGGCGGAUAUGUAUAACGUAUUGGAAAUUCAUCCGGCGAAAUGCGUACGCUAUCCUGGCGAGGAGAGGGCGAUGCAGUUUCUAGAUGCCUGCCCGCGCAAUAGUCAUGGCGUAGCUCAUAAAAGAAGCCUGCCUCAGUCUAUAGCUCCGAUACCUGAUCUGAGAAGCAACCUCUCCGUAUCCGCGCCAGGCUUCACAGUCGCAAAAGCCUCGUCGUCGUCCUCCGUCAAGAAGUCACAAUCGUUGCAACAAACUGCCGAAAAUUAUUCCCACGACGACAGACGAACGGGGAGCGAAGAAAGUUUCGUAGUACAUCGUGGCAAGGGCAUUCCUACGUUAAGCUCUGUGACGGACGAGAAAUCGGUAGCUAGAGCAGACGCCGCUGGUCGGCCGAGUAACUGGGAAGAUCAGAGGAGAAGCUCAUACGCUGGCCGACGUUCCAGGCGUAACAGCGUCUCGGACGAUUCUCAAUUAACCAUAGAGAACUUCGGCGGUUCUCAGGACAACUUACACAACUUCGGUAGAAAUCCGGACAAGGAGGUAGGAGCGCACAUUGGCAAGCGAAGCACCACAGAACCAACGCUACCAGCGAGGUCUAGUGUUCAAGAUGUAUACGCCAGUGGUGUACAACACAUUCUGUCGGACAACGGAUACGACAAAGAAGAACCGCCGAGAUUGAGAAGACAAACAUCGAACUCCAGCUUGGAUAACGUGGCGCUCAAGCAAAUCUUACAUUCCAGUGAUAACGAUAAUUCUGAGACGGACGGAACGUCUAAGUUAGCCAGCUUCGCGAAUCUAAGCAGGCAGAGCUCUGAGAAGGGUAUCAAUUUGAAUUAUACGGAACAAGAGCGCGACGAUAACAAGUCUAUUUUGCCGAGUAAAAAAUUCGGUCAGACCAAUGGCAAUGGGAACAGUGAGAAGAAGACGACGUUUGCUACGUUACCGAAUACCACGACGUGGCAACAGCAGAGCAACCAACACUCUCAGCAGAUGGAACAACAUUCUGUUGACGAGAACGGUGGUAACACAAUUAUGGCCUCGCAAUUGAAUAACAUUAGAUUGAAGCUGGAAGAGAAACGUCGUCACAUAGAAAAUGAGAAGAGAAGAAUGGAAGUUGUGAUGUCCAAACAAAGACAGAAAGUAGGGAAAGCUGCGUUUCUGCAAGCCGUCACAAAGCUGUACUUGGUGGGUAAGGUUAAAUCUCCCUCUUCAUCAACGUCUGGGGGGGACAGUCCGGCCGAAAUCGGUCCCCCCACUCCUGUAACCUCCGGAUCUUCGGCCGAUACCCCGACAAGCGUUCCCGAGACGACUCCCGUAACCCAACAACCCCCUCAAGAAAAACCACAGAGACCCUUCUCGCUCAAGGAAAUUAGCGAAGAUGUUCGGGACGUUGAACAUAAAUGGUUGGAGCACGACGGUAGUGCUCCGUUCAUUGAAACGAGGCGUACGCCAGACAUCGAGAACAUGGACCUCGAGCAAUACCAUCAGUCCAUAUCGCAGAUGAACAAUAGUCUUAGUGAGAUACAAGCCGAUAUACAACGCCUGGCGAAUCAACAAAACCAAAUUCAGCAGCAGCAUCUAAUGACGCAGCAUCAGCAGCAGAUGCAGCAACAACUUCAGCAGCUUCAAAGUCUUAGUCAACAGCACAUGCAGAAUUACGGAAUGCCGCCUAUCAACCCGAUGACAUCGAAGUUACCGGAUACGCAGCAGUCACAGUUUUAUCUGCACGAUCAGCCGCAGCUACAGAGACGUAUGUGGGGUCAGCCACCCCCUACGCAGAAUCUAGCAAAUGAAAUGGCUGCCGUGGGUUACCAGCAAUCGAUGGAUCCACGAUAUAGCAAUCAAUCAACAACUUACCAACAAGAUAUGCGGUUGUAUCAAGACACGCGGAAUUGGGGAGCGCAUCCUCCUCAGCAGAAAGGAUUCGUUUUGCACGACACCCCUCCUCAGGAACCGAGGUACCUCAACGGUGGUGAUCAUAGUCUGUGUAAUAAUCAGAUGAGCCAUCCUGGUUCUACAUAUCCAUCAUCGGCAUCUAUCUUUAAUCAAACACCACCGUCUUCUGCUAGUCCACAACAUCGUAACGCUGUUCAUCGAAUAAGUCAGUUAAUGAGUGAGAGCCCGGAACCAAAAAGGCCAACUGUACAUCACAUACCGAUCAAGUGCGAAAGCCCUACGGAAAAGAGACCAGUUACUGCGUUACACGCACCUGUUCCAGCUCCACCUGUUGAUGACAUGAAGCCUCAGAAUAUAUCGUUUAUUGGAAAUGAUGAUGAGCUUACGCAAGGUAUAAGAGGUAUAAACAUCACGUCUGGCAGCCGUACAUAUAGAAUCCCAUCACCAACUAGACCCACGAUAUCGCGUAAUUCAUUUCAACCUCACUCAUCAUUAAGAGAAGCCACACCAUCUCCGUCAGGUACACCAGAGGUAACGCCUUUAGAUCCGACGGACGCUGGUGAGAAAGGAUUCUAUAUUUGCUUCGACAACGACGGGCCCAAGAAACCGAAGCCAACGCUUCGAGUGAAAAGAACUUCUCCUAAGAAGGAAAGGAGCAUAUCGUCGUACGUUGAGAAUGAAGAUUUCACAAUACGUCCAGAUACUCCUUCCGACAGGCAAAGACAUUUGGAAAUUGAACGGGAGUCGGAUCGAGAGAAGCAACAACGUCAAGCGGAGGAGAGAGAAUUCCAGCGGCAAGAACGAGAAGUACAAAGAGAAGUGGAGAGAGAAAAGCAGAGAGAGCGGCAUGACGCCAGUGGUGAAGGCAGACAGUCUGGAGUCGGAUUAAUAAUCGGAAAUCAAUUAGCAAAUCCUGAUCCAAAUUCUCUGGACGAAAUGGAACGGAAAAAAGAACGUAUAAUGCUCCUGUCAUUGCAAAGAAGACAACAGCAAGAAGAAAUGAAAGAGAGAAAGGAAGCGGAAGCGCAGGCGCGUCGGGAACAAGAAAAAUUGAAAGCAGAGGAAAGAGCUCGUAAAAAGGAAGAAGAAAGGCAACGAAGGGCAGCUAUAUUGGAGCAGCAUAAAGUGAAGAAAGCGAUAGAAGAAGCGGAAAGAGAAGGCAAAGUCAUUGAUAAAGAGCUUCUUAAUGCGAUAAAACCGACAAAAUUGCGUAAUAAGACUGUAACAACUCGACCAAGACCCAAAACGAUUCACGUGGACGCUGGUACGGAGUUGGAUUCCGGAGCUCUUACGCCGAGUCGCGGGAAAAAGGGAUCUUCUUCUAAUCUAAGUACAGCGUCGCUGACCUCCCCGACGAUGAGGCGAGAUUACUACCGAGGUUCACAGGACAGUCUCACCGCUGCUCAUUUCGAUGAACGACGUUCCGGCCCUCUUUAUCGGGGCGGCAGUCUCAGGGAUUCACCUGACGACGGUAGAGGUUCCUCACCUUGUCGAAGUAUGAAUCAACUUGGACGUCGUGGUUCCUACAAAACAUCCAGAGAUGUGCAGGAGCCUCAGCAACAGGUUAGAGGCAGGCCUAAAUACCCGAGUUACCAAAACUUUAAGGGGAGAAAGUCUAACUCCUUGAUGAAUUUGUGUGGUUCGAGUAGUGAUCAAGACGGUAUGAUGUGUCGAUACACAGAUACGGACAGCGGACUGGGCAGAGCCACGCCGCCGAGGAGAGCGCCGAGUCCGGGCAUGGGCAGUAUGAGACAUCUCCCGUCACCUUCGGGGCCCGGGUCCUUACCUCCUGGCUUAAUGACCAAGAGGCGGGUGUUCGACGAUGGUAGCAGCGACAUCAGCAGCACACCGAGUUCAAUGAUGGACUACAACGGUCCAAGAUUAUAUAAACAACCGACCACUAAGUCGAAUCGUGGUAUUAUGUUGAACGCCGUGGAAUAUUGCGUGUUCCCGGGUACGGUGAACAAAGAAGCAAAGAGGCGAGUAUUAGACGAAAUCGCGAGAUCGGAGAGCAAGCACUUUCUUAUUUUAUUCCGAGACGCUGGCUGUCAAUUCCGAGCUCUUUACUCGUACUGCCCAGACAGGGAAGAGGUAUCGAAGUUGUACGGUACCGGGCCAAAACAAGUCAUCGAUAAAAUGUUCGACAAAUUUUUCAAAUAUAAUUCAGGAGCAAAAUGCUUUUCACAAGUUCACACGAAGCAUCUUACCGUGACCAUAGAUGCCUUUACGAUACAUAACAGCCUUUGGCAAGGUAAAAAGGUGAAUUUGCCGAAUAAAAAGGAUAUGCCUCUCGUCAUAUAGUUUUACACAAGCGUUACACUUAACAUUAUCGCUACUAUGCCCUCUGUUGUUCAUAGUUACUAUUUUAAUACAGGCCCAUAUUAAAUUAAAUGCAAACGUUGCGUUCUUAGUCAAUUUUAUAAAUGACGAAUGAUUGAUGCUGGCGGGUAGAUCCUACUCGCGUGCAACCUGUUUUACAAUUCUAUGAUUGCAUACUAUACAUUGUUAUCGCGUUAUGUUUCUUUUUUUUUAUAAUCCGUUCUGUCUCCUCUUUCCACGCUUCUUCUUUUUGUUUUUUUAUAUUUCCUUCGCAACCUAACGUUAGCAUCAAUCAUUGUGUCGUAAGAUUACCAAUAUCUAAUGAAUAAGGAUGGUUUGUUGUCAGUAUCUAAUACUUUCACGGACUAACUUUUAACACGUUAACCGCCUCGUACUCAUGUGAGCCAGGAAUGACGAACUACUUGUAAGCUUUUAAAAGUUAUUCGAAGUGAUACAAUUAGCCGAUUAUGGAACUGGCUAGUUAAUUUUAAGACUCUCGGUGAAAAAGUUCGUCAAUUCUGGUAGCGUAAAUGAAAAAUCGUGACUGAUGUAAAAGGUAUAUGUUUCUCCUAAACCAUUUCACCAUUUUCUUGUUAAAGGAGAAAAAUGAGUGAGUGAAUGUGUGUGAGAGAGAGAAAGGGGGCUUUCAUGAAUGUUGAAUAACAAGUGUUUUUGUCUUUGUACUGCAUAAAAUAAUUCGCACAUUUUCCCGUUACGCGUAAAUUAAAAAUGCUCUUAAUUAUUAUUAUUAUUAUUAUAUCACUGUAGUAUCAUUAACGUUUACUGAUCGCUAAACACAAACGAAGUAUCAUUAAUUUAAAUAUAUUUUUGACAGGAUCUAUAAAGAUUCGAAUCCUUCAGUGUGAUUUUUAUAUUUAAUUAAUUUCUAUUUUGCAUGAUUAAAUGAAAGAAAUUACGAGAGAAUUAUCCAAAUAUUGUCUUGCGUCUCAAGAUUCCAUUUUCUUACAAUCGUCAUUUUUCCGAAAUUUUACUUUAAAAGUGAUUCGAAUACUGUCCUUAUGAGGAUCAUGCUUAUCUGAAACUUUUAUUUGCGCUCUACAAUAUGCAUACGUUGGUCAUCGCGGAAGAGUCCUUGUUAAAAUUAGAGAUUUUUGCAGUCCGUCUUAACGGCUGCCAGUUGCUUGUACGUAGGUAAUGUAACAUGCUUAUCGAAGGGAAAGGAACUUAUUCACGGGCUAAAAAUUGAUGGAAGAUUAAAAAGCAGUGUAAAUACGAUAAGUUGAUUCUAAUUAGUGAAAGAAAAUACCAAAUCAGCCUUAAGAUCGAUUUGAAUAUGCAAGAAUGCUUUUCCUUUUACCACACAGGUUCUUCAGUUAUAAUUUAUGCGCAUCUACAUGCAUUACAAUCUAUCGUUGAUUUGGAUAUAUUGAAGCGAGUUUCAUGAAGCGCGUGUCGAUAUAACUGAUAUGACCUAGAUCUGUGAAGACUUUGAAAAGAGAGAGAAUGAGACCAAACAGUACCAAAAAAAAAAGAAAGAUUCGUUUCUUCUAAAGAAGUGAAAUAAUGUUGGUAAUUGAUUAAAACUUAUGGAAGAUGCUCUGUCCUUCAAGUUGCUCUUUCUCUUUCCUGUGCGCAUUACUUAUUUUGUACGAUGUAUCGAAGAAGUCUUUAGUAUUGAAGUCGUUUAAUUGUGAGAGGAAGGUAGACGACGGCUGGGAUGUAGAUGUAUCGGGAAACAAAAUUGUUUGCAAUGCCGAAAUGUUUUCUAUUGUUUUAUUUGCAUAUAUUAUUUAUUCGAAUGUCCUAGGCCUAAAUUAAUGUUUUUAUUUUUCGUUUUUAAUCCGAUUCCCAUAGAGUCUACGUUCCUCGUGACACGAGAAGUGUGUCAGCAGUUUAUUUAUGAUAGUUUUAGCGUAAUUGUUACAAAUUUUAAGGAUGCCAACUAACGUUUAACCCGUUUAUAAGUUUGGAUGAUUUCCUCUGUGAAUUUUGUGGACAGUACAUGAAUCCCUUUUCAGGUGGCAAUUGUUUUUUUUUUUAUUUCUUUCUCAUUUUUAGUAUGGUUCUUCUGUCCUAGUGGAACGUGUCAGUCGAAUUUUGAAGCGAAUUCUUGUAUUGUAAAUGGAUAAAUAAUUAGCAUAAUAUUGUGAAUAACGGAAGGACUAUUUAUUGUGCCAUAAAUUGUAAAUGUCCGCUGUUCGUAUGAGACUGGCACCGACCUUCCAUCUUAAAACGUUUCGAUCCUUUUUAACAUGUAAUACAAUUUGUUUGUGGUGAUCCGCCGAUAGAACGAAUAGGUAGGAACUAGAUAGAAGUAAAACGGAACUUUUGUACAGUAAUAUGGAGGGUCUAUACGUUAGCGAAUUUUCCUUUCAACAUUUUCUCUUUUAAUUAGUAUUACUUUUAGUACAUACGAUAUUAGAUUUUUUUAACCGGCGCGCAAGGCAAAAGGAAAUGAAACAGAGAUGAUCCAGUGGAGCAAUAGACCCCUCCGUAUUCUGCAAUGGCAUAACAAGACAAGAAGCAAUUGAUUAUUAUUAAAUAAUUAUUCAACAUAUCGAAUUUCAUGUUCUCCACGAUUGAGCGCGAUAAAAUAUACUUUUAAUUCGCAACGAUACACUUGGUUCAAUUGUCCCGGGAUCGUUUACUUCAUCGAGAUGUGACCUACAACGUUAACGUGUUACAACGGAGGGACUUGGAAAAGAGAUAUUUUAACUUCGAAAAAAAAAAAUCCGUCUAUCGUAGCAUUCAAAGAGGAUCAACAUUAUUCUAUUCUUGCCUAUUGCAAAUCUCUCUACUGCGUGCAUCGUUAGAGAAGAAAGGGAAGUAAUGAGAAAAUCGAAGAGAGAAAAUUUUUCCGAGCUUUAGACUCUGAAAAUAAGUCCGACUUGACAAUAUAUGGAACGAAAUGAAUGAACGUCGUAAGAUGGAUUAUAUAUUAUUUGAAAGCGCAAGAAAUAAAGAGUCUACAAUGAUAAACGAACAAAUGAGCAGAAAGUUCUCGAUUAACAAUAUUUAACAGUCACUAAUCUUAAGGAGGAACAUCAGCUUGCGGAGGAAGGGAUUGAAAAUAUAAUAUAUGAUGCAUAUACAUAUAUAAAGAAAAGUUGCAAACAUAGUAUGAGGACAUUUUGGCGGAAAGAAGUUAAACUGUAACAAGGAAAGGGUGAUUGCUUGUGCUUGAUAUUUAUAUUUUUCGAGAGAGAGAAAUAUUAUUAGUGAGCUGAUGGAGUAAACCAAGCGUGAUAAAUAACGAAAACCCAAAUGGUACGAAAUAACGAAAUAUAUACAAAGUAUACAUAUAUCGCGCUUACUAAUAAUAGACGAUUUACCCUUAUGUAAUAAUUCUCCAUUUUUAUUGUUACGAAUGAAGAAAUGAAAAAUAGAAAAACUUCGUCGAAUCGUGUCUCUUCGGUUUAUUUGUCUCUCUGUACAUAUUAUGUUUUUAUAUGCGCAUAAGUGAAACUACACAACAUAUAUCCAGCGAAAAACAAAACUGUAGUAAUCGAAGUUUUAUCUAGAAGAUGAUUAUUUGCAUAUCGUAACGUAAUUUCAGAGGAAACAUUUUAUGUUUAUUUUACUUCAAGGCGGGAUUUAAAAAUUUUGUUUUACUUGAUUUUCUUAAUUAUUUUAGAAUCAUUUUAAAGAGAACAUUUUGUUAAGCAAUGCUUUUUCUUGUAAGAAGAAUAUGUACAUUCAGAUUCUUAAAUAUUCUUAGAACAGAGUAAAUGCGAAUUUUAAUACAGUAAGUUCCGAUUUAAUAAAAUAGUCAUUUUCUUAGAUAAAAUUUUUAUCAAUAGUUUUGAUUUUCAUUGCGUAUAUGCGUCGAGUACAUGAAGUGAAAGUUUGAGUCGUAUUUUACCGUUAGCGUCGUACAGCAAAUAACAUGAAUAAAAUGUAAUAACCGAUUUUGCAAUAGAUCUUUUAUUCUUCUGCGAGUGGUAUAUAUAUUAUAUACACAUAUAUUGAACUAAGUGUGUCUUCUUUGUCUUAAUUGUUUGUGUAAUGUAAAUAUAUAAAUUGUUAUAUAU